AUGAAAUUCAAAUUCUUUUGUCAUUUCAGCGCUGUGGCAGCUGCAGCGUCUGUGCUCAGCAAGCGAGAACAAUUCUCUAAGGGCCAACCCAUAGACGACAAAGGAAAAGGGGCCCCUAUUCUUGGUGGCACAAACAAGCAAAUCGACUUGCAAAACCCGGACAACCUCGGUGCUCAGAGUACCGACAACGGCGUGGUCCCGAACCUCAAGUGGAGUUUCUCAGACUCCAGGACCAGAAUCCUUGCCGGUGGCUGGGUUCGCGAGCAAGUCAUCACGGACUUGCCAGCUAGCCAUGAUAUCGCUGCGGCUCAGCAACACCUGAAGAAGGGGGCGAUUCGCGAAUUGCAUUGGCACCGUGUGGCUGAAUGGGGAUUUGUAUACGCCGGAAAGAUCAUCGUCUCUGCUGUAGAUGAGAACGGCCAGUAUCAGGUUGACACCCUCGACGUCGGUGAUAUCUGGUACUUUCCCAAGGGAGCCGCGCACACUGUUCAGGGCCUCGAGGAUGAGAAUGAAUUCCUUCUAGUCUUUGACGAUGGGAAUUUUGACGCUGUAGGUACGACUUUCAACGUCGACGACUGGAUCUCGCAUACGCCGAAGUCAGUUCUGGCUAAGAAUUUCGGCCUCAACGAAUCCGUCUUCGAUUCUGUGCCAUCACCAAACCCAUAUAUCUUCAACUCGACCGUCAGCACGCGCAACGUGACAGGCCCAGAAGGCGCACUAGUUGGGAAUAGCUCUUAUGUAUAUCACACCUUUCAGCACCCAUCGGAGCCAGUACCAGGGCAGGGCGGAGAGCUCUGGAUAAUCGACUCCCGCAACUUUCCCAUUGCCACGACCAUUGCGGCCACUUUUGUGAAGUUGGAACCCCGCGGGCUUCGCGAGCUGCACUGGCAUCCUAAUGCCGAGGAGUGGCUAUACUUCCACAGUGGCAAAGCGCGCGCCACCGUUUUCAUAGGCAGUGCUGCCGCUCGGACCUUUGACUUUUCUGCAGGCGACACUGGGGUAUUUCCGGACAACAGCGGUCACUACAUUGAGAAUUUGUCAGACACGGAGGACCUGGUGUGGAUUGAGAUUUAUAAGAGUGAUCGUGUGGCCGACAUUUCAUUGACGCAGUGGCUCGCCUUGACACCUGCUGAUAUUGUUGCGAGUACUCUGAAGAUACCUGUCGAAAUCGCUGCCACCCUGAAGAAGGAGAAGCAGAUUCUAAUCAAGGCUACCUAG